ACUUAAUUCUCAAUUUACAAAGUACUUGUUCUCCUCUCUCUCUCUCUCUCUGUGGCUGGCUCUCAGUCUCAGAAUCCAAGAAAUCAUUUAAUUUAUUUGGUUUGCUUUCAAUUUCUUGAGAAAAUUUAGGGGAUCUGAUAGUAUUCAGAGAACGAGAGAGUGAGAGAGAGGUUAGGGUUUAGGGUUUGAGGAGCAGGCCAAUCAAUGGCCUCCACGUCGCAGUCCCUUCGCUACGGCGGCCCUGGAGGAGCCUCCGCCCCGAGCGGCGGUAGCUUCGACGCCCUUAACAGAAUUCUCUUGGACCUUUGUACGCAUGGCAAUCCUAAGGAGGGUGCUUCGUUAGCUUUGAAGAAACACCUAGAGGAGGAGGCGCGUGAUCUUAGUGGAGAAGCUUUUUCUCGAUUUAUGGAUCAGUUAUAUGAUAGGAUUUCUAGUCUAUUAGAUAGCAACGAUGUUGCUGAGAAUUUGGGCGCUUUAAGAGCCAUUGAUGAGUUGAUAGAUGUGGCUCUGGGUGAGAAUGCCUCCAAGGUUUCCAAAUUCUCGGGUUAUAUGAGGACUGUAUUUGAGGUAAAGCGUGAUCGAGAUAUUUUGGUCCUUGCAAGUAAAGUUCUUGGCCAUCUAGCCAGGGCUGGAGGAGCAAUGACUGCAGACGAAGUGGAGUUUCAGGUAAAAAUGGCCCUUGAUUGGCUUCGUGGGGAUCGAGUAGAGUAUCGCCGAUUUGCUGCCGUCUUAAUCUUGAAAGAAAUGGCAGAAAAUGCUUCAACCGUGUUCAAUGUCCAUGUACCUGAAUUUGUUGAUGCUAUCUGGGUUGCACUGAGGGAUCCAACAUUGGCUGUUAGAGAGCGGGCGGUGGAGGCAUUGCGUGCUUGCCUUCGUGUUAUUGAAAAGCGUGAGACACGCUGGCGUGUGCAGUGGUAUUAUCGAAUGUUUGAGGCUACUCAAGAUGGGUUGGGCAGAAAUGCUCCAGUACAUAGCAUACAUGGUUCUUUACUUGCUGUUGGGGAGCUCUUGAGGAAUACGGGUGAGUUCAUGAUGUCACGGUAUAGAGAAGUUGCUGAAAUUGUACUCCGGUACUUAGAGCACCGGGAUCGGCUUGUUCGCCUUAGUAUAACUUCCCUACUACCUCGCAUUGCUCAUUUCUUGCGUGACCGAUUUGUUACAAACUACUUAAAGAUAUGCAUGAAUCACAUUCUCGCAGUUCUGCGAAUUCCGGCUGAACGUGACAGUGGAUUUAUUGCUCUCGGGGAGAUGGCUGGUGCUUUGGAUGGGGAACUCAUCCAUUAUUUGCCGACAAUUACGUCUCACUUACGUGAAGCAAUUGCUCCACGCAGAGGCAAACCCUCACUUGAGGCUUUGGCUUGUGUUGGAAAUAUUGCAAAAGCAAUGGGUCCUGUAAUGGAAUCUCAUGUGCGUGGUCUCUUGGAUGUAAUGUUUUCUCCUUCUGCUAGUCUUUCCAGUACACUUGUUGAUGCCCUUGAACAAAUUACUGUCAGUAUUCCUUCUUUGCUGCCUACUAUUCAAGAUCGGCUGCUUGACUCUAUUUCACUAGUUCUUUCAAAAUCCCAUUAUUCUCAAGCUAGGCCAGCUGCUCCCUUGGUUCGAGGAAAUAUUGUGAAUAUUCCUCAGCAAGUUUCGGACCUUAAUGGUUCGGCCCUAGUGCAACUUGCAUUGCAGACUCUUGCUCGUUUUAAUUUUAAGGGCCAUGAACUUCUCGAGUUUGCAAGAGAAUCAGUUGUUGUAUAUCUGGAUGAUGAGGAUAAGGUCACACGAAAAGAUGCUGCCCUAUGUUGUUGCAAACUAGUUGCUAAUUCUUUCUCAGGAGUAUCAUGUACACAGUUUGGUUCCAGUAGGUCCAAUCGAACUGGAGGAAAGCGAAGACGUCUUAUUGAAGAGCUUGUGGAAAAGCUUCUCAUUGCAGCUGUAGCUGAUGCUGAUGUUACUGUUCGCCAUUCUAUCUUUUCCUCUCUGCAUGGGAACAGAGGUUUUGAUGAAUUUUUAGCACAAGCUGAUAGUCUGAGUGCAGUUUUUGCUGCUUUGAAUGAUGAGGAUUUCGAUGUUCGAGAGUAUGCAAUCUCAGUGGCUGGGAGAUUAUCAGAAAAAAAUCCUGCCUAUGUUCUUCCCGCCCUUCGUCGUCAUCUUAUACAGUUAUUGACAUAUUUAGACCAGAGUGCAGAUAACAAAUGCAGAGAAGAAAGUGCGAAGUUACUUGGUUGCUUGAUACGCAACUGUGAGAGGCUAAUACGUCCAUACAUCACUCCAAUACACAAGGCACUUUUGGCGAGACUUCUUGAGGGUACUGGGAUCAAUGCCAAUAAUGGCAUUAUUAGUGGAGUUCUUGUAACCGUUGGGGAUCUUGCUAGAGUGGGUGGUUUUGGAAUGAGACAGUAUGUAUCCGAAGUUAUGCCUCUAAUUGUUGAAGCUUUAUUGGAUGGAGCAGCUGUGGCAAAACGUGAAGUGGCUGUGACAACUCUUGGACAAGUUAUCCAGAGCACUGGGUAUGCGAUAUCUCCAUAUAAUGAAUACCCACAAUUACUUGUCUUGCUCUUGAAAAUGUUGAAUGGUGAGUUAGUUUGGUCUACAAGACGGGAAGUGUUAAAGGUGCUUGGGAUUAUAGGUGCUUUGGAUCCUCAUGUGCAUAAAAGAAAUCAGCAACUAUCAGGGUCGCAUGGAGAAGCUACCCGUGCUGCCAGUGAUUCUGGCCAACACAUUCCUUCAGUGGAUGAGUUACCAAUGGACCUUUGGCCAUCAUUCGCUACAACUGAAGAUUAUUAUUCUACGGUGGUUGCUAUAAAUUCUCUCAUGCGAAUUCUUAGGGAUCCUUCGCUUGCUAGUUACCACCAAAAGGUGGUAGGAUCUCUUAUGUUCAUAUUUAAGUCAAUGGGCCUUGGUUGUGUUCCAUACUUACCAAAGGUGCUGCCUGAUCUCUUUCUCACAGUUCGUACAUGUGAUGAUUAUCUGAAGGAUUAUAUAACAUGGAAGCUUGGAACUCUUGUGUCUAUAGUACGACAGCACAUUCGUAAAUAUUUGCAAGAAUUGUUCUCUCUAAUUUCUGAAUUAUGGUCAUCCUUCAGUUUGCCAGCUACUAAUCGUACUUCUCGUGGUCUUCCGGUUCUGCAUCUUGUGGAGCAGCUUUGCUUGGCCCUUAAUGAUGAGUUCAGAACACAUCUUCCUGUUAUUCUUCCAUGUUGCAUUCAAGUUUUAAGUGAUGCUGAACGGUGCAAUGACUACACCUAUGUUCUUGACAUUCUCCACACCCUUGAAGUGUUUGGUGGGACGCUGGAUGAGCAUAUGCAUCUGCUUCUUCCUGCACUUAUUCGAUUGUUUAAAGUGGAUGCUUCUGUGGAUAUAAGGCGUGCAGCUAUCAAAACUUUGACUAGAUUGAUACCUCGUGUGCAGGUUACUGGUCAUAUAUCUGCUCUUGUGCACCACUUAAAGCUGGUCUUGGAUGGGAAGAAUGAUGAGCUCCGAAAGGACGCUGUUGAUGCACUUUGUUGUUUGGCUCAUGCCCUUGGAGAGGACUUCACUAUCUUUAUCCCAUCAAUACACAAACUUCUGUUGAAAUAUCGGUUACGGCAUAAGGAAUUUGAGGAGAUUGAAGGACGCUUAAGGAGACGCGAACCUCUAAUUUUGGGGAGUAUCGCUGCACAAAGAUUAAGUCGACGAGUUCCAGUUGAAGUUAUUAGUGACCCAUUAAAUGAUGUUGAGAGUGACCCUUAUGAAGAUGGGACCGAUGUGCAGAAACAACUUAGAGGCCAUCAGGUAAAUGAUGGCCGUUUACGCACUGCUGGAGAGGCUUCUCAGCGAAGUACCAAAGAAGACUGGGCAGAAUGGAUGAGGCAUUUUAGCAUUGAGCUCUUAAAGGAAUCACCUUCUCCAGCAUUGCGAACCUGUGCAAGACUGGCACAAUUACAGCCUUUUCUUGGGCGGGAGUUGUUUGCUGCUGGUUUUGUUAGUUGUUGGUCACAACUGCAUGAAUCUAGUCAGAAACAGUUAGUUCGGAGUUUAGAGAUGGCUUUUUCCUCUCCAAAUAUUCCUCCUGAAAUUCUGGCAACACUUCUUAACUUGGCAGAGUUCAUGGAACAUGAUGAGAAACCUCUUCCUAUAGACAUCCGUCUCCUUGGGGCUCUUGCAGAAAAGUGUCGUGCAUUUGCCAAGGCUUUGCAUUACAAAGAAAUGGAAUUUGAGGGUGCACUUUCCAAGAAGAUGGAUGCUAAUCCUGUUGCUGUAGUUGAAGCACUUAUACAUAUAAAUAAUCAGUUACAUCAGCAUGAGGCUGCAGUCGGAAUACUGACCUAUGCUCAACAAAACCUGGGUGUUCAAUUGAAGGAGUCAUGGUAUGAGAAAUUGCAGCGGUGGGAUGAUGCUCUCAAGGCUUACACUGUCAAAGCUUCUCUAGCAUCAAAUCCACAUCUUGUAUUGGAAGCUACUUUAGGGCGUAUGCGUUGCCUUGCAGCAUUGGCUCGAUGGGAAGAACUUAACAACCUGUGCAAAGAGUAUUGGACUCCAGCUGAGCCAGCUGCGCGGCUAGAAAUGGCACCAAUGGCUGCAAAUGCUGCUUGGAAUAUGGGGGAGUGGGAUCAAAUGUCAGAAUAUGUGUCUCGCUUAGAUGAUGGUGAUGAAACAAAACUCCGGGUUCUGGGUAACACUGCUGCUAGUGGUGAUGGAAGCAGUAAUGGUACAUUUUUUAGAGCUGUAUUAUUAGUUCGAAGAGGAAAGUAUGACGAAGCACGUGAAUAUGUUGAGAGAGCUAGGAAAUGCCUUGCUACGGAGCUUGCUGCUUUGGUUCUGGAAAGCUAUGAGCGUGCAUAUAGCAAUAUGGUCCGUGUUCAGCAGCUAUCAGAACUAGAGGAGGUAAUUGAUUACUGUACUCUUCCUGGGGGAAAUCCUGUUGCUGAAGGGCGGCGGUCUAUAAUCCGCAAUAUGUGGACUGAGCGGAUACAAGGAGCAAAACGUAAUGUUGAGGUCUGGCAAGUACUCUUGGCUGUUAGAGCUCUUGUACUACCACCCACUGAAGACAUUGACACUUGGCUCAAGUUUGCUUCUCUUUGUCGGAAAAAUGGACGAGUUAGUCAGGCUAGAUCUACUUUGGUCAAACUCUUACAGUAUGACCCUGAAACCUCUCCCGAAAACGUACGGUAUCAUGGGCCUCCUCAAGUAAUGCUGGCAUACUUAAAAUAUCAAUGGGCACUUGGGGAUGAUCUUAAGCGAAAGGAAGCAUUUACUAGGCUUCAGAAAUUGGCUAUGGAGCUUUCGAAUGCCCCACAUAUUCAACCAGUUGCUGCAACUGGCUUAACCAGUGGUACUGUUACAACUGUUCCCUUUGUUGCCCGUGUAUACCGUAGACUUGGAACUUGGCAAUGGGCCCUUUCUCCAGGAUUGGAUGAUGAAUCUAUACCAGAAAUUCGUGCAGCCUUCAGGAAUGCCACUCAGUGUGCUGUAAAAUGGGGGAAAGCAUGGCAUACAUGGGCAUUAUUUAAUACAGCAGUGAUGUCUCAUUAUACCAUAAGAGGUUUCCCUUCGUUUGCCUCACAGUAUGUUGUUGCAGCGGUCAAUGGAUAUUUUCAUUCAAUAGCAUGUGCAGCACAUGCUAAAGGUGUCGAUGAUAGUUUACAGGAUAUACUCCGUCUUCUCACAUUGUGGUUCAACCAUGGAGCUACUGCUGAUGUUCAAAUAGCUCUACAGAAAGGAUUUGCACAUGUUAAUAUCAACACAUGGCUGGUUGUUUUACCUCAAAUAAUUGCCAGGAUACAUUCAAACAACCAUGCUGUGAGAGAACUGAUACAAUCACUUUUGGUGCGAAUAGGGCAAAGUCAUCCUCAGGCUCUUAUGUACCCUCUUUUAGUGGCAUGUAAAUCAAUAAGCACUUUACGUAGAGCUGCAGCACAAGAAGUGGUCGACAAAGUUAGGCAGCAUAGUGGUGUGCUUGUGGAUCAGGCACAACUUGUAUCGAAGGAACUAAUCAGAGUUGCAAUACUUUGGCAUGAAAUGUGGCAUGAAGCACUGGAAGAAGCUAGCCGUUUAUAUUUUGGUGAACAUAAUGUGGAGGGGAUGCUGAAAGUGUUGGAGCCAUUACAUGAAAUGCUUGAGGAAGGGGCUGUCAGGGAAAAUACCACUAUAAAAGAGAGAUCGUUCAUAGAGGCAUACCGUCAUGAACUGUUGGAGGCCUAUGAAUGUUGCAUGAAGUAUAAGAAAACUGGAAAAGAUGCUGAGCUUACUCAGGCAUGGGAUCUUUAUUAUCAUGUUUUCAGAAGGAUAGACAAACAGCUUCAAAGUCUUACUACCCUGGACCUGCAGUCUGUUUCUCCUGAAUUACUGGAAUGCCGUAAAUUGGAGCUUGCCGUUCCUGGGACAUAUCGUGCAGAUUCACCAGUGGUAACAAUUGCAUCAUUUGCAACCCAGCUCGUUGUCAUAACAUCUAAACAGCGACCACGUAAAUUGACAAUUCAUGGGAGUGAUGGUGAAGAUUAUGCCUUCUUGCUGAAGGGACAUGAAGAUUUACGCCAAGAUGAGCGUGUCAUGCAGCUUUUUGGUUUGGUGAAUACAUUGUUGGAAAAUUCUAGAAAAACUGCAGAGAAGGAUUUAUCUAUUCAACGAUAUGACGUCAUUCCUUUAUCUCCAAAUAGUGGGUUAAUUGGAUGGGUCCCAAAUUGUGACACUCUGCACCACCUUAUUCGAGAGUAUAGGGAUGCCAGAAAGAUCACCUUAAACCAAGAGCACAAAUAUAUGCUAAGUUUUGCUCCAGAUUAUGACCAUUUGCCUCUCAUUGCUAAAGUGGAAGUAUUUGAAUAUGCUCUACACAAUACAGAAGGAAAUGACCUUGCUAGGGUUCUUUGGUUAAAAAGUCGCACUUCGGAGGUAUGGUUAGAGAGGAGAACAAAUUAUAAUAGAAGUUUAGCAGUCAUGAGCAUGGUUGGAUAUCUUCUUGGUUUAGGAGAUCGACACCCAAGUAAUCUUAUGCUACACCGUUCUAGUGGGAAGAUUUUGCACAUUGAUUUUGGGGAUUGCUUUGAAGCUUCAAUGAACCGGGAAAAGUUCCCUGAAAAGGUUCCAUUUCGCUUGACUAGAAUGCUUGUGAAAGCCAUGGAGGUUAGUGGUAUUGAGGGCAAUUUUCGUUCAACAUGUGAAAAUGUAAUGCAGGUUCUACGAUCAAAUAAGGAUAGUGUUAUGGCUAUGAUGGAGGCCUUUGUUCACGAUCCUCUCAUUAAUUGGCGUCUCUUCAAUUUCAAUGAAGUACCACAAAUGUCUGUGUUUGGAAAUACUCAUGCCCCUGCUGUGGUAAAUACUGAAGAAUCUGCUCCUAAUAGAGAGCUUGCUCACCCUCAACGGGGUGUACGUGAAAGGGAACUGCUCCAGGCUGUGAAUCAACUUGGUGAUGCUAACGAGGUUUUAAAUGAGCGAGCGGUGGUUGUGAUGGCUAGGAUGAGUCAUAAACUUACGGGACGUGAUUUUUCUUCGUGCUCACCAUUGCAUACCAGUUCUAUGCAACAUCUAGUAGACCCCAGCACCUUAAUUUCUGGAGAUAACCAUGAAGUUGAGCAUGGUCUAAGUGUUAAACUGCAAGUUCAGAAGCUGAUUUGCCAAGCUAUGUCACAUGAAAACUUGUGCCAAAACUAUGUUGGGUGGUGCCCUUUUUGGUGAUUGAAGGCAAGGCAGCCAUAUAUAUUGUAAAUAUUAAUGUACGUAGCAUAUAGUCAUAGUUCCAUGUGUAGAGAAAAUGCAUUUUUUCCUUUUUUUUAAUUAUGUAGUGUUGUAAUUUAUGUGAAUAGGCCAAACUGCCAAGCAAAAAGGAGUAUGUUAUUUGUAUGAAUGUAUAAGGCUAUGAGAGAAAUGAGAUGGCAGUAGUAAAUUCAAUUUUCUUACUCAUAUAUAACGGCCUACGCAUA